AGUGAUCAGGCUAGGCUACACAUGAUGCGUGGAUUCAUAGUAGUGGCGAGCUGUCUGUUCGUGGCUGUCCAGGCCGGAGAACAUUAUGGUGGGGAUCUUGGAGGAUACGGAGGUGAUUUCGGUGGUUUUGACGGAAGUGGUGAAGGACACCACGAACAUGGCUACGUAAAGGACAUCACGAAGAUUAUCACCAAGGCGGUACCCCAGCCAUAUCCUGUGCCCGUUCCUAAACCUUACCCCGUACACAAAGUCGUCCCUGUGCCCCAUACGGUCCAUGUGCCGAAACCUUAUCCGGUGCCUGUAAAGGUGCCUGUUGUUAAGAAGAUUCCACAGAUCGUGCAUGUUCCUAAGCCAUAUCCAGUCCCUAAGCCUUAUCCUGUGCCUAAGCAUGUUCCUGUGCCAGUGCCUGUUCCUGUCUACAAGGACGCCCCCUAUGCCGUCUAUAAGCAUGUUCCCGUUCCGGUACACAAGCCCGUCCCAGUUCCCGUAAAGGUGCCGAAAUAUGUUCCUGUCCCGGUCCACAAGGUUAUCCCUGUCCCGCAGCCCGUUGAGGUGCCCGUUAAGGUGCCGGUCUACAAGCAAGUCGUUGUCAAGAAACCCGUCAUCGUACCUGAGCCCGUUUACGUAAAGCACCAUCAUGGACAUCAUGGGUGGUAAACACUAGCUUGAUAGCCCACAGACAACUAACCGUUGAAGGUUAACGGCUGUUGGCGCUUUCAAUCAAAAUCCAGGCGAAGGAGAUGCUAACACUACAAAAACAGCUACGACCUAUGAAUUAUAAGAUAUAAUAGAGGUAAUGAUUCCUGCUGGUGGAUCAGUGGAAAGGAGACAACGGUGGCAUUCUGCAAAUAAUCAUCAGAGUAGAACACAAUCACAACGACGAUAUGAAGGUACCAAUAAGAAUAAAAUAUAAGUGAAAAUGACGAUGACAAGCCGUCGCCGUCAACGACGAACACAAAUCACUCGUCAAACGUAAAUCGAAUUGGUGCCUCAACUAUAAAAAACCCAAAGCCAUGUGUAUACUCGCGUGUAAAUAAACGACUACAACAUUAUUAUA